AUGAGCGCAUACACACACACCGACAGCCCCGCACGCAUGCAACCACAGGGGCCCCCCCCCGAGGGGCCCCCCCAGGGGGCCCCCCAGGGGCCCCCCAAGGGGCCCCCGGGCCCCCCCCCUCCCCCGGGGCCCCCAGGGUACGGGGGGGCCCCCAGCGACCCCUACGCCUUCAUCGAUGCGCAUGUGGGGGCCCCCCUGGGGGCCCCCGAGGACGGGAUAGAGACACUGGAGAGACAGCUGGAGGAGCUGCACAUUUCUCUUAGAAAAAGGAUUGAUCGGUGUCUGGAUAGUUCUGAGCGGCACGCGUUGUCUUUGUCUCGGUCUCUUCCUGCUGCUGUUGUUGCUGCUGAUGCUCUCAACAAAGAAACAAACGCAUGCAAAGCGAAGCUGCAGCAGCUGCUAGAUACACUAAAAGCCAGAGGCGCGCUGCAGCAGGAAGGGUUAGCAACGGUGUAUGUGCUGCAUGGGGUGAAGAGACACCUGGAGGACUGCAGCGCGGUGGCAGCUGAGCUCCACCGCUGGCACUUCCGCGUACAAGAGGCUGAGCUGCUGCUGCAGUCUCUGCGUGCUGGGGAGCUGCAGGAGGCAUCGCAGCAGCAGGCAGUGCUGGAGGCAGCAGCAGUUGCUGCUGCGCUGCUGCAGGCUGUGGUGCUGCUGGGGGCUUUGCCGCAGUAUGAGGCCAUGAGACAGACGGCGAAGAAACUAGAACACAGAGUACUCGCCUUUGUCUCUCAGCUGUUAAAGGAGUCUGUGUCAGUGAACAGUCUGAGUGGUUUUCGUUCUGCUGUUGCUGCUUACGAGAGGCUGGGGGCCCGGCUGUCUCUGCUGCAGCAGCUGCCAGCAGCACUGCGCUCGCUGCUGCAGCGGGAACAGCGGGUUUGUUGCGUGCGGCAGCAGUGGGUGUGGGGUGUUCACAAAGACAAGGAGACAGCACAGGAGACAGCGAGGGGCCCCCCGCUGUCUCCCCCCCCAGCCAGGGGGGCCCCCCAACCCUGGGGCCCUCUUCUCUCUCUCACUAUGGUAUGCUAG